CAGUUUAGUUGGAUGGGAGAAUGUUGAUGCCAGUUCUGUGCCAAAUCCUGAGGGUAGGAAAAUGAAACAAAUGUGGCUUCUGUCCUGAGAAGAGCUCAGAGUGUGAUGGGAGAGUCAGACGUGUUAGCAGGGGGUGUCCGCGGAAGGCGAAGCCCACAGAAAUGUGACACGCAGAGGGCUGUGAAUGCUCAGGAUGCCCGAGCCAGCCGGGGCGCCUGCAGAGGGGCCUUUCUGGAAGAGCUCACCCGGGGCUCAGCCCUGAAGGAGCAGGUCAGCCAGGCCGAGAACGAGGUCAACAACGAACGGCUGUAUCUGCCCCUGAAGUUGGGACAAGGGAAGAUAAAUAUCUUCUCCUUUGGCUUCCACGUGGUGGUGGAAACUGAUUUUGGCCUGAAGGUCGUGUAUGACUGGAAGACCUACCUGUCCAUCACGGUGCCUCGGAGCAUGCGAAACAGCACGUACGGCCUGUGCGGCCGCUAUAAUGGCAACCCAGACGACGACCUGGAGAUGCCCAUGGGUGUGCCUGCAUCCAGCGUCAACGAGUUUGGGCAGAGCUGGGUGAAGAGAGACACCUUCUGCCAGGUUGGCUGUGGGGACCGCUGCCCAUCCUGUGCCAAGGUGGAAGGUCUGUCCAAGGUGCAGCAGCUGUGUGGCCUGAUCCCCAGCGUGAAUGCUGGCUUCACCAAGUGUCACAGCAAAGUCAACCCCACCUUCUUCUACAAGAACUGCCUGUUUGACUCUUGCAUCGAUGGGGGCGCGGUGCAAACCGCCUGCAGCUGGCUGCAGAACUACGCCAGCACCUGCCAGACUCAGGGGAUUGCGGUGACCGGCUGGAGGAAUGACACGUCCUGCU